UUCAUCACAGAGCUGCUGCAGCUCCACUGGAUGACUGGAUGACUGGAUGCGGGCUGAAGGAGGCGGAUCAGGAACGAGGAUACAACACCGCGAAACUUUGGGAAAAAGUUUGGGAAAUAAGUUUAUCAGAACUUUUUUUCUCGUGGAAACUUUUUCCUCAACUCUGCAGCUUUUCAGCUCUUCACCAUGAUCGUGUUGGAUGAGCUUCUUCUUUGUGGCGCCUCGUUGACUUCCAAAGUCCUCCACAACUAAGUGCCAUGAUAUGAAACCAUCCAGGAGUCAGCUUGUUUUUACGCACCGUGAUGGAACUACAGAAGUCUAACUUUUUAAAGAUUCAUUCUUCCUGGAAAUGGCAAGUCGUGCCAUAUUGAUGGAGCGCACAUAUCUGAUAUUCAGUGUAUUGAUCAUAAUCAUCGGUUUAUGUGUCGCAUCUCCAAAAAACCACAGGCUGGUGUGCUGGAAAGCCAUCCUGAAGUGCCACGGAGAGCCGCAGUGCCAUUACGCGUACGAUCAGUACAUUUACGCGUGUGCGUCCGUCAUCAAUGGGGAGCGUAAGAAGUGUCCCAGCCACUGCAUCUCCUCUCUCAUUCAGCUCAACCUCACCCAGAGUGGACCUGCUCUGGAGGACUGCGACUGCAACCAGGACCCGGUGUGCAGGAGCACCAAGCAGGCCAUCGAGCCGUGCAUGCCUCGCACCAGAACCAGAACCAGCACCACCAGCUCCACCAUGGGCUGCACAGAGGCCCGGCUGCAGUGCGAGGCGGACCAGCCCUGCAGCUCUGCCAUGAGGGAUUAUUUAUACCACUGCAGGAGGCUGUUCGGAGGAGAGAGGUGCUCGGACGGAUGCCGGAGGGUGAUAGCAGACAUGCGCUCCAUACCCAAAGCGCAGCAGCUGGACACAUGCGUGUGCGACGGCACGGAGAGGAACAUAUGCGAGUAUAUCAAAGUGAGCAUGAAGACUUUCUGCUCUGAUUCCAGCGAUAGGUUUGCAGGAAGUGGCUUUUCAGACUCUGAGGACGAUUCUGAGGAAGAUUACAUCGACCAGGAGGAUUAUCAAGAUGUGGAGAGCUCCUGUGACUCUCCACCUGGUCACACUGCUCUAAAUGUCCUGACCACCAUUUUGGUUUUAACCAAAUUAAUCUGAAAUAGCUGCUGCCAUUAAAGGGACUGUUUGUAACUUUCAGAAAUAGAGCUAGGCAAUAUAAGACUUCUUAAAAUACAGCAAAAAUACAAGAUUAGUUCCCUGUUUUACAGCUUCAUUUUACAUUAUUAGUGAGCACUAUGCAUGUGGCAUUAACUCUGAUUUGCAGAUUAUAUAUAUAUAUAAUGUAAACACUGCUUAUAGGAGCAGGACAAUACCUUGUCAACACUGUCAGGUUCUUUGAAGAGCACAAAGCCAAAGCCCCUUGAACAUACAGUCAUGGGGUCCAGCUUUAAAGUGCAGUCUACAACCUCGCCAUACUUGGAAAAGUAAUCUUUCAGGUCCUUCUUGGUGUCCCAGCUGAGCCCUCAGACAAACAUCUUCCUGCUGACAAAACAGCAAAUUUUAAAGAAACCAUAACUCAUAAUGCAGAUUGAGAAAACAGCAGUGGUGAAAUAAGUAUUUGAUGAUCCUUCACUUAAAGGGACUAUUUGUAACUUUCAGAAUUGCUUGUUAACAGCAACACCUUAGGCCGUUAAGUCAACGAAAGACAGCGUCGGGCUCGUGCUUGCUCGCU